AUGCUGUACGAAGUCUUAACAUACGUCAAUCUAUUAAUUGCACAACUUCGUGCUAAGUUAAACUUUAAAAUUCUCUUAUUCGAGGGUGAUAAAACAAGUGCUUCAAGCACACUUUGUGCUGCUACAGCAGUAAAACGGAGUCAUUCACCACGAAUCGAACAUGCACACGAAAGUAAUAAAAGAAGCCGCGGAGAAGAUGAAGUAGGUGAAGAUACGGUAACAGUGGACCCUGGGACAAACACACCUGCAGCCGUCGAACGAAAGCUCUUAGAUAUAGAACUUAUCGAAGUAACUGAUGAAGAACUUGUCGAUUUUGCAAUAAGUAUGGAACGUCGUUCAUUUGAACGGACUUUUAUACCUAUUACGCUAACUAUGACCUCAACAGAGGGAAACGAAAAGCUGAUUAAUAAGCGCGAGAGAGCAUGUAUCCGACAACGUCUUCAUAGAGCAAAUUCAGAUGGUCCAUCACUUGCAGCUAAACGUGAAAAAGACCGUGAUCGAAAACGUUUAUCACGGUUAAAUGCGACGGAUGAAGAAAAGAAUGUCGUUCGUGCUAAAACUCGCGAUCGUGUCCGGCGACUGCGUCUACUGCAAACACCGUGGAAAAAGCAGCAGGACCGGGAAAAACACCGAGACCGUAUGCGCUUGGCUCGAAUUAUGGAAGCGGAAGAUGGAAGACAACUGCACCGGGAUAACAAUGACGUAGAACGUUCUUGUAUGACAGAUGAAGAAAAAGAGUCGUUCUGGGAAGAACGUGAUGGUGAACAGAAGGAAUUAAAACGGGCAAAUGCACUCAAAAAGCAAGAAAAAAGUUAUUUUUCGUCCACAGAUGACGAUGUACAAGAAUCUGAUGGAUCUUCUAUAAGCACAUGUGUAGCAGAUAAGUUAAGCAUUCUGUGUAUACGAAGUUCAAACAAGCUCGAAUAG